AUGGGCUACACGUUAACUAUUUUGGGUUGCGGUGUUAUGGGCCAAGCGCUUCUUUCAGCGAUUUACAAUGCACCAGCCGCUUCGGGGGAGAACAAAGAUCUGUACCCUUCAAAGAUUAUCACUUGUAAUCAUAACGAGGAGUCCAAAGGUCAGGUCGUGACAUUACUUGAGGGUUAUAAGGCGAGCCCCAAUGGAAUUGAGGUGGAGUGUACUUUUGACGACAACGAAAGAGCCGUGAACGAGGCGAGUGUGGUUUUGCUUGCUACGAAACCAUUUUUGGCGCAGCAAGUGCUCAGCAGCGUCAACGCUAAGACAAAGCUGCUUAUUUCACUUGUCGCUGGCUGGACCAUCGAGCAGCUGGGCGAACAUUCUGAAUACGUAACCAGAAUUAUGACCAACACACCAGCGAAGUUCGGCUACGGUAUGGCAGUUUUGUCACAUUCCUCGAGCGUCUCCGAUCACAACAAAGAGCUUGUCAAGGAACUAGUGGGUCACGUUGGAAGCUGUAUUGAAUUGCCAGAAAAAAACAUGGACGCUGCCACCGCACUUGUUGGGUCUGGUCCCGCUUUUGUUCUGUUGAUGCUAGAGUCGCUGAUGGAAAGUGGGAUCAAAAUGGGGAUUCCAUUGAAGGAGAGCAGAGAAUGUGCCGUAAAGGUUCUAGAGGGCACUGCCAAGAUGGUUGAGAAGACUGGUGAGCAUCCUAGCGUUUUGAAACACCAGGUUUGUACCCCAGGUGGCACUACUAUUGCUGGCUUGUGUGUGAUGGAGGAAAAGGGUGUAAGAAGUGGGAUUAUCUCAGGUGUUGAAGAAGCCGCAGCUGUUGCAUCGCGUCUAGGUAAGAAAUAA